AUGCCUAACGAGAAGGAAAAAGUGGUGGCUUGUUUCCCGGCCACAAAAGGUCUGGUAUUGGUGGCGUUCAUCCGACAACAACUCACAAAAGUUCCCGCCCAAUCCAUGGCAACGAUUCGGCAGCCCAUCUUGGGGAGUUUCUUUAGCGCCGGGCCGAAAACGGAUCUUGCUAGUGCCGGGUUUACCGACGGCAGAAACAAGAACCCAGUAUACGCCCUCGUCUUCAGUCUCGCGUGCUUAAGACACUAG